CAGUAGGCUAUUUAGUGCAGUCAGACAAGACACUUGACCAAAGACGACACGCUUUUUGGGUUGGAGUUUCAACUUAGCCCAGGACCAUGUCUGUUUCGGUGAGCAAAGUAAAAUAUAUAUAUAAUCAUUGAAAGCUUUUGAUUGUCUGUUAGAUGUGUUUUGAAGAGUGAAGUAAAAAUGUAUGAUUAUUGAAAGCUUUGAUUGUCUAUUACAGGGGUCUCCAAACAUUUUCAGCCCGAGGGCCGCAUUAACUAUCAAACAGUAGUUCGAGGGCCGACUACACACUCGAGGUCCAAAUAAAAAAAAUCAAAACAUGGAUGUUGUUUUUAAUUAUUUAUGUAAUAUUAUUUCAUUCAGUUGUUAUAUAAGAACACAUACGACACAUUAACACCUGCGGGAAACCUGCCAAAACCCCCCGUUACCCAAGGCCGAGUUGCAUGGCCGGAGUCCCCAGGGACUACUAGGCUAUGUUUCGCGACAAGAGGUCCUAAGAGAUGGACUCUCGACCUCCGAGUAUUGAUCUUUAUUAGCAGACAUUGCUGGAUUUAGAUGUGAUGUCCCUAACAUCAACAGUGACCUGAGAUUAUCAUCAGACACAUUUGCUCUCAAAUUGUUCUUCACGUACUUCGUUCUUGAAAAUAUUUGUUCACAGAGGUAUGUUGUUCGAAAGAUUGAAAGGUACUUUGAUGCAAACGUUUUGAAAUUAGGAAAGUCUUCCUUGGGUGAAAGCUGGUAAAAACCCACCAGUCCGUCUUUGAGCUUGUGUCUAAGGAGGUCAUUUGCUUGCAACUUAAUGACCUCCAGCUGCAGUUCCUCUGGGCUACUGGUCACAUCUGCUUCAAAUGGGUUUUUAAAAAGUCUCACUGCUUCUGCAUUUAAAUCCAAGUCAGAAAAACGCUGCUGAAAAUGCAGCUGGAGGUCUUUGAUGAUCUCGCAUGCAAAUGACUUGGGAAACUCCGCUCAUGCAUCAGCCAUGAAGACAUUGCACUGCUGAAAGAGCACCAAGUUGUUAGCCUGUACUUGUUCCAAAAAAAAAAACAAAAAAAACAAGACGAAUUUGGAUCUGAUGGCCUUUAGUUGGUGUAUAGAUCAGAAACUUGAUUUUCCUCUACUUGUAGUUUUAGGUUUAAAAAAUUUAAAUUACUUUUUAUGUCUGUAUCAAAGGCCAUUUUCCAUACACACUCUUCAUCAGACACUAAUGGCUGUGGCUUGCCUUUACUUUCCAGUAAGUCACCUAUUUCCUUUCUUAACUUAAAUACUCUGCACAGAACUUUCUCACAACUUAGCCAUCGUAUUGCUGUGUAAUAUGGUAAAUCUAGCGAUUAUGUGUCUGUAUCUUUCAAAAUGUCUCUGAACUGUCUAUGGUUGAGCCCAUGUGACCGUAUUAAAUUCACCAUCUUCACCACAGGAUUCAGUACACUGCUAAUGUCCACAAAUUCAACCCAAAAAGCUUUCUGGUGAAUAAUACAAUGCAGGAACACUGAUUGCAGAUUUUUUUUCCUCAUUUCACAUCUGCUCUUUGGGAAGCCAGAUCUUGUGUUAUGCUCAUGUCUUCGUCCACACACCCCUAACAAACACAAGCAGUUGAGAGGUGGAGCAAAUAAAAAUUGGCGAAACUUGCUUGCAUUUUUCGAUAUUUGAGUCACGAUGUUUUCACACAUGUCUGCAACACGGCGGGCAAAGUCCAGCCACUAGAUGGCGUUAUAUCAGCUCAUUUCAUUGACUGUGAAAGGCAGUAGAAAAACUAAACAGCGAAUAAGGUUUUGCAAAGUAAUCAUCAGUUAGAAAACAUAACGCACUACUGCGUGCCUCUAUUUUAAUUCGGUAAAAACAUAACGUCCACAUAAGCGGCGUCUGAUCUUGUCAGGAUACACGUACAUUUCCAUAAUUUUUUUUUCCUUAGCAAAACGUCUCCUCGGGCCUCAUGAGAGGGCCUCGCGGGCCGUAGUUUGGAGACCCCUGGUCUAGUAGAUGUGCGAAUGAAAUUUUUAGAUUGUAUCUAAAAAGGAUGUAUCAGAAAAUAAAUCAACUAUCUGGAUCAGGACAACCUGUCCAAGUCUGGCUAAGGAGGGACUGGCUCAGAAAGCCCUUCCAAAGAACAGCCUGCCUAUGAACAGCAUGUCACAUCACAGCCGGGGACAGAACAGCCUAAAACCAACCCCCUUAGUUCAGGAAAUUCUGCCUCACAACAGCAUGUUUCAGGUAUUCUAUAUCAAAACGACCUGACACAGAACAGCUGGCCUGUCUCAUAAGAGCCUGCCUCAGAAUGGCGUGCAAAAGAAAAGCAUACAUCAGUACUGUCUUCCUAAAAACAUUCUGUCUUACAAUUUUCUGAUUCAGAACAGCAGGUCUUAUAACAGCUCGCUCCAGAACAGUCUGCCACAGAUCAGACUGCCGCACAUGGACCUGCAACAGAAUGGCCUGAAUCAGAACAGCUUGCCUCAAAACAGCCUGCCCCAUAACGGCCUGAAUCAUAAUAUUCUGCUUAAGAACGGCGUUCCCCACAACAGCCUGCUACAGAAUGGCCUGUCUUUCAAAAAGCCUGUCUCAGAACAGUCUUUCCCAAAACGGAUUGUUUUAGAACAGCCUGUAAGAAACAGCCUGGACGAGAAAUGCCUAACCCGAAAAGCCUCUAUAAGAACAGACUGCUUCACAACAGGCUGCCUUAGAAUUGCCUGCCACAGAGAAGAAUGCCCAAAAAAACCUGUCUCAGGACAGCAUGCCUUAGUAUGGCGUAUGUCAGAACAGCUUGUCUCAGAACAUCCUGUUCCAGGAUGGUCUGACUCAAAACAUCCGGACACGGGAUAGCAUACCUCAGAACAGCAUGCCACAUAACAAAAUUCCACAAAGAAUCCUGCUUAAGAAUGGCCUACGUCAGAACACCUUGCCUCAGAACUGCUUACAACGGGACAGCCUGCUACAAAAAGCCUGUCUCAGAUUGGACUUUGUCGAAACAGCUCGCCUCAGAACGACCACCCUCAAAAUAGCCUGCCCCAUAGCGGUAAGUCUCAAAAUAUUCUGCCUCUAAAUUGCAUGAAUUAGAACAGCCUGCCACAUGAUUGCCUUGAUUGCCUGCCUCAAGACAGCCUGCGUCAAAACGGCCUGAUACAAAACAAUCUGUCUCAGUACAACCUGGCUCAGAACAUGCUACCACAGAACAGCAUGACUUAUAACAGCAUGCCAAAGAACAUCCUGCUUCAGAAAGCUCUGUUAUUUAACAGCUUCCUCAAAUAGUCUGUAACAGGAUAACCUAACCCCGGAAAGUGUACCCAAGAACAGUCUGAUUCACAACAGCCUGCCUUAGAACGACCUGCAUUAGAACAUUUUGCUUUACACCAUUCUGAUCUAGAGCAGCCUUGUUCAGAAUAGCCUGCCUCAGAGAAGUCUGCAUCAGAACGGCCUGACACAGAAUAGCUUGCCACAUAACAGCCUGACCCAGAAAAGUCUGCAUUUAAUAGCUUGCUCCAGGCAGGGCUGUCCUCUCAUAACCCCAGAACGGUGCACCUCAGAAAAGGCUGUCACAGAACUUUCUGUCUCAGAACAGUUUGUUUUAUAAAAGUAUUGCCAAGAACAGCCUGUCGCAGCACAUCCUGCUUUAGAACGGAAUGUCUGCCAUUUAGCAGCUUGCCUCAGAAUGGCCUGAAUCAAAACAGCCUGCCUCCGAACUGCAUUGCUCAGAACAGCCUGCCACAGAAAAGCCAGCCCAUUACAGCCUGCGUCAGAAUGGCCUGUCUCAGAACAGAAUGCCUAUAAAAGUGGUUCUCAACCUUUAUAACGCCGCGAACCCUUUUUUGCAGUUCAUCAUGUUGUGACGACCCCCAACUUCUUGGAACUCUUGUAGCAGCACCUUCGUUGCUAAUAUUUGCCGAUGAAUCAAUCAGUGAGUUCCCAUGACUUUAAAUUUGGUGACUCAUUCUUUACCAAACUUUGAAAUCCAGAUCGAUAUCAAGAAUAUCAGCAGACAUGUUAUCUAUUCUUUUUCGGACAGUAUCGUUAGAGAAGGAAAUUGCACUCAAUUUCAUAACAAAUUAGUCUCGGAUCAUAACGCGAUCAAUAUCUUUUGCUGAUGGCAACAGCAAAUCCUCAGCAAUUGCUUGAGGUUUCAUAGCUGUGGCUAUCCUGAAAGGGUCGCAUGACCCCCAAUAAAUUUGUUUUCCAUUUUCACUGUCUCUGGUGUGUUUGUGCAAGAAAUUAGCGCCGUAAUGGAUACACCAAAUUCACCUUAUGUUGCCCUCUGUUGAAGUGUGAAUAGACUGGGGAAAUUUUGCCUUAUUCAAUAUCAAAUAGAUGUUCUGUGAGUCUAUCUGCCAAUAUUCUCCCUGUUUCACCUCUAUUACUGUAAUGACAUCUACGGCACACAAUCACAUAUAUAACAUUCCGACUAGGUCCGUCCUACAUCGGUUUCUGGGGCAUGGUUUAGUUCAAAUGCAGACGGGUCAGCUCGAAGGCGACUAUGAACCAGAAGGUCAUCUAGAUUUUUGUCCCGUCUAAAGACAAUCAGUGGAUGGGAUGAGAAUACCCUGUUAGUGUCAGGGAUCAGCAAGAAUUAUCCUAAUUUUUUUAAUUAAUAAUGUUUUGCCUGUCAAAUUUUGAGGAUGAUAACCGAUCCAGGCAGGUUCAAGUUUUCUAAUAGGAUUCUGAUACAUGUGGGAUUCCGAUCCCGUUAGAAUACCGAUCCCGUUAGAUUACCGUUACCCCAUGCGAUCGCGUUAUCAGUGGGUUCCAUUUACUGGUGGAUCUCGUUAACGUUACAAUAAACUUUUUUUUUAAAAAUCCCAUUAUACAUCCUCGCAGAACUAUGCAGAAAUUUCUGGAACAUUCUAGUUUAAAUUUCCCAUCUUCCUCGAAAUGCAUAAACGCCCAAACUUGAAUUCAAAGAUUUACACAGACCUGUUUCCAUACGGUGAACCUGGAUGGCAGCUAAAGUGAGAGUGCGAAGUGUACGGAGAGCUUUGGUUAAUAAAUAAUAAUGGUGUUCGUACAAAACUCAGCAUGGUACAGUUCGAAGGUGCACUAACAGCGAUUCGCGAAGACUAUAGCCCAAAAAUGAGAGCUGAUGUUUUUGUAGAUCCUUAUUUUCAGGUGGGGGACAAAAACUUGAUCUACAUUCGAUUAAAUCCACGAUCAUUACGAGCAGAAUGCUAUCAAUGGCUCGCCUAUCAUGUCGUCCAUUUGGCUCAGAACACGGGCACAGCGGCUGGCGUCUCAGUUAUUCUGUCUUAAGGUUUCAAAGGAUCCCAGAAAAAUAUGAGAGAGCGCUGGCAUGAUGCAAUGUAGAUAUUCUCAAAGUUUGGCGUGUAUGGUGUCUUCAUUACAUUCACGGUUAACCAUAACUUGCGAGAAAUUGCUGAUAAUUUUAGAAAAGUCAAACAAAGAACACAUUUGUUUGCCCGAGAUUCACCAUUAAAUUGCAAUCAUUCAUGACUGACUUGAUCUUGCAUGGCAAAUUUGGACAAAAGAUUUGGAAUAAAUCAAAGAAUUCUAAAAGCGAGGCACCUUUGCUAACUUCUAUACAAACCAUAAUAAACUUCUUGUCAAAACUUCUAACGUCUAUAUAAACAAUAAACACAAUCUUAUCACAAUUCCCAUAUGAACAAUAGGAAAAUCUGAUCCCAACUUCGAUAUGAACAAUAUGAGAAUCUUAUCAUAAAUUCUAUAAGAAGUGAUCGUGCUUCCAACUUAUGGCUCGCAUUUUUCCCAUUUUGAUAAAGCUUUCAAAAUAUGUUCUGUAAAAUUAUAAGUUAUGUGCCUCACAUGUAGUACACGUGUUAUUUCUAGUAUUAAAAAAAACUAACCAAUUCCAUUUUAUUGAGUUGAUAUAAAAAAUGCAGAAAAAAAUAGUUAAACUUAUAGCAGGGCAAGUGAAAGAGUAUAAUACUAGUAUGGGGCAAAAAUUGAUCGACAUUCACAAAGUAACAAUAUUGUAUAUCUUUUUGGGUUGGUAAGUCACAUGAAUAUGUUAGUUAUUGUUGACCUCCGUAUUCAAAGUAAGGGAGUGAGAACCCUCCCGAACAGAAAUUCUCAAGAAAGUAAAAAAAAAAUAAUUAAAAAAUGAAAGGGUCAGAGAGUAUUUUCUACGUAGACAUUCUGAAAAUUGUAAACAAACUUUUUCAAUCAAGAUCAGCGGGAGAAAGCUUUGACAGGCCGUAUGACAAUGUUAAUUGGUGAUGCAAGUAACAAAAUCAUAAGGGAAAUCAAGAGAUGAUUGCCAAGGCUCGACACCCGACUGGGUGAAGCAAAAAUAGGUCAACACAGUUUAUAACAGGCUCUAUAAUAAUCUCUGUAACAGGCUCUAUAACAGUUUAUAUGAAAAUAUGUAUCACAUGGUCUAUAAAACUCUAUAAACACUCUAUACCAAGCUCUAUAACAGGUUGUAUAAUAUGUUCUAUAAAAGGCAGUAUAACAAUUUCUAUUGCAGACGCCAUAACAGGCUUCUUGUGCAAAUAAUAUUUCCUUUGUAGAUUAGAAUAUAUUCGAUUAAUGAUAGCAAUACUUUUACCAUUCCUUUGUAAUGUGCUAGAACAGUGAGGUCAUCUUGCAAAAGAAAGGUCCCUCAACCCCAAACAGCCUCUCCAAAAAAAAGAAACCGGAUAAUUUUUAUGUAACUACACACAUGGUUAGCCAAACACCUGCACAUGGCAUCUCUAGCCACACACAUACACAAGAUCAUUCUAUAUUCACACAGAAAUCUGUAUUGCUUCUUCUUCUAAUGAGCUAUUACGUCCCGGUGAACAGUCAAGGUAAGAAUUAUUGUAAUUAUAAAUAUUUUAAUGAAUAUUAUUUUUAAGAAUUGUAUGUCUUAACAUUUAGUUUAAUUUUACAUUCGGUUCACUACAUAGUCUAGUGUUGUGGUUCAACUUAAUGUAGGGCUUAGUUAAACAUGAUGUAGGCAUUGGUUAAACUUGAUGUAGGCCUUGGUUAAACUUGAUGUAGGCCUUGGUUCAAAUUGCUUGAUUUAAGCCUUGCUUCCCCUUGAUGUUGCAUUUAAAAUUUUUUCAAUUGAUAUAUUUUUCGUCCCAAUCGGUAUUUAUUAGUAUUUAUAUAUAUAAAUUGUUGUUCUUUUGUAAAUAUAAUAUAGAAAAAUCACAGCAUGAAAUGGAGUCUUGAAGGCGUAAAUAUCACAAUGAAGAAACGUCAUAAUUUGUAAAUUAUUACAUUCUUUAGUAAAAAGCAGUUGUGUCCCUUUAUUAGGGUCAGCUACAUUGAACCACCAGCAUUGCCUUCUUUAGUAUGAACAGUUGCGUUACUUUAAAAGGAUCAUUGAAUCAUUAGCUUUGCCUUUUUUAGCAUGAACAGUGGCGUCUCUUUAGAAAGGUCAUUGAACCAUUAGCUUUGCCUUCUUUAGUAUGAGCAGUUGCGUUACUUUAGAAGGGUCAUUGAACCAUUAGCUUUGCCUUCUUUAGUAUGGGCAGUUGCAUCACUUUAGAAGAGUCAUUGAACCAUUAGCUUUGCCUUCUUUAGUAUGAGCAGUUGCGCCUCUUUAGAAGGGUUAUUGAACCUAUAGCUUAAUCAAGUUAAAUAAUAAGCUUGGAAAGUAAAAUAGUCAAGAAUUGUGUUUAAUAUUUGCAUUACUUGACCUAAUAUAUUUAUAACAAUUAAACGCUUACAGAAUGUUCUGUCAUGCAGAUUCAGAGUAGACAUCCUAUUAUAUUUCUUGAGUAUAACAUGUUAAUGUAAAUGUAAAUAUUUGCUUGGGCAUCAGAUAUAACACUAGAAUAAAUGACCCGAUGUUAUCGGGAUAAUAAUGGUAGGUCCUUUGCGAUAAUUUCUAACUGCUAUUGCAAAGACUCAUCCCAAUUCAUAACUUUUAAAAUGUAAUGAUAUUUAUGUUUCUAACAUUAUUAGGUUUUAAGAAGUGUUUAUCUGCUCUAUAUGAUACGCGUACCCUACACCCUUUCAGGUGCCUAAACUGCUUUCCCCCCUCUAAACAUGAACUUAAAUUAACCAGUCUAAAUUAUAACUAAUUAUAUCACUUUUGUCACUAAAGAAAUUAAUUGAGGGACAAUUACUACGCUAGAGCAAUACUUUAGAUUUACCUUUUUCGUGCCCUUGAAUUACAACAUUUUUCUCUCAACAUUUUUUAAAAAACCUAAGCUUAAAUUUUCAACAAAAACUCUAUAUAUGAUAUAACUAUAUUUUGUAUUACCGGUACAUGAAUCAGAUUUGAUUGUCUUUAAAAAAAAAAAUUGUUAAUCUCAUAAAAAUACACACCUCUUUACUUUUUGCUAAGUAACAACAAAAAAUAUAUUUUCAUAUUUUUUUUAAAAAGAAAAUAUUAACUCAUCUUCAUUUGUCAAAAUUUAAUUUUCAAGUGUGUAAAAUGAUUGGGUUUUGAUAUUCAUGGAUAACUUAUAUAAAUGUACCCAAUAUUUUUUAACGCCAUUAAUUUUCUUAAUUGUUAAACAUAUUAGUAAAAAAGAGAAUUUAAAAUCACUUUUUUUUCACAAAUUAAAUGUAAUACCAUAGGAUUUAAAUAUAUUGUCAUCCACGUAAAGAUGAACACAUCCUUUUUCCUUAUAUCUCCGAUAUGGUUAAUUAUUAAACAAAUUAAUUCCAUUAUUUUGGAACGUAACUUGUAUUACCUUGGGCAAAAUGAACUUACCAAUAUUUGUAAAAGGAGAAUGUAACAUCUUAUUUUUUCACAAAGUUAAUACCAUAGGAGUUAACCCUAUUGUCAUCCACGUAAGAAUUUACACAUCUUAUUUCCUACAUCCGACAUGUAUUUACCCAAGAUAAUUAAUUAUUUAUCAAAUUCAUUCCUUUAUUUUUAGACGUAUCUUGUGCUGAUUUGAGCAAAAAGAACAUUCACCUAUUUGUAAAAAGAGAACAUAGCAUCUCUUUUUUCACAAAUGUAAUACCAUAGGAUUUAAAUAUAUUGUCAGCCACGUAAAAAUGUACACAUCCUAUUUCUUACCUCCGAUAUGAAUGUACCAAAGAAGGUUAAUUAUUUAUCAAAUUAAUUCAUUUUUUUGAGACGUAUCUUGUGUUGCCUGGGUCAAAGUGACCAACCCCUUCCCAACCCAGAUUUAAAUAAAUUUAGAAAAUCUUCCACCUGAUUGUAGUCCUUUCCAUACCCAAACUAACAUAUGGCUCGUUCUUAUUUGUAUGAGGUAUAAUUGGAUUAGUGAAUGCUAUUUAGCUAUGGAGUUGCGCUGCACUGAUUGACUUAAACCGCAUUUUCUUAUUAGAAUUAUAUUUUAAGGUUAGUUUUUAUUACGUUGUAAAUUUAAUAAAAGUAUAGGCCUAUAUCUUUGGAAAAAAACUUUUACAAUUUUAUUAAAUAUACAAAGCAAAAAUGUGUGUGUGUUUUAUUAACGAUUUAAAAAGCAAUCAAUUGUAUUUAUUAAUUUUACUUUUAAGAAUUGAAAAUAAAUUAUCAGUUUUGUCACGCGCGGUUAUAAAAUUAUAGAAAUCUAACACGCGCGGUUAUAAAAUUAUAGAAAUCUAAGAGUUUUUGCGAAACAGGUUAUUCGCGCUAUGAAGUCAUUUGUGUGAUUAUUUAAAACAAAUUAAUUCUAGUUUUAUUUCACAAUACUAACAACACACUAAAAGACACACUAAAAUGACUGAUGCUUGGGUUUUCCCGAUAAAUGUGAUUACGGUGUAAUUCUUUGAUCAUGAUUUUUUAAAUUAUUAUAUUUUUUCAUAACUUUCAAACACAUUUAAAAUGCUUAAAAUCGUUCCUUAGUUUAUACUUUAAAUGUAUUUGUAAUUUAUAAUAAUAUAACUUUAAAUUUUAAUAAAAUAAAAGCAGUUUUAAAAUAUUUUUUUGCGCAUUUAACUUUUUUCGAUUUCCGUAAAAUAAUAGAAAAUAACUAUGAUUGUUUUUAGGAAUCCGAACGUACUUAAAUCGUAUCUCCACUUUGGCGUUAUGUCACUGAAGCUCAUUCUUAUAUAUGUAUAGUUUUUUUAAGAUCAAUUCUAUCAGUGAUACACAUUUUAAUACUGAUCAUACACACUCAUUUCAGAUCCUUGCACAAAUAAGAGAUAUGGCAAAGUUCCACACCCUGAAUCGUGUAGCAAGUAUUAUGAAUGCUCACAAUACCAGGGAAAAGAACAAACAUGCCCAAGUGGAGAACACUUCAGCGCCCAGGUAUAUGUUUAUUAUAGAACUUCUUGUUUAUACAAAAACAUCAGAAGAUUCAUUUUUUAAUUCACAACUGGCUCUUUACAGUACCCAUCAUUCUUGUCAAGUAUAUUUAUGUCAGCAGUCAUUUAACUCAACUGCUCCAUUGGCAGCAUUGGGUUUAUUGAAUUUUACAAACGAGUACCACGGCAUGCGAUUUUCAUGCUAAUCAAGAAAAACAACACAUUUUCUUCAAUGUUUUGAGUAUAUCGCUUGUUAUCUUCUACUUCAUAUAAUAAUAAUAAUAAAGAUUAUUUAAAAUCACACUUCAUCCCCUUUCAUACCUUGCAACCAUAAACCACACAGGCCAAUAUACACCUAAAUACAAUAGCUAGAUAGACAAAAAUCACCCCAGCAGGUGUUUGCAAAAAAGAUAAAUCUUCAAAUCAGUUUUGAAAGACUCCAGUGUCUGGCUGUUUCUGAUAGCGAAAGGAAGAAUGUUCCAAAUUGUUGGGCCAGCAAAUGCGAAAGUGCGCCCCUAGUAAGUCUCAAACAAACACGUGGUAUCGAGAGUUUGCCACUAUCAGAUGAGCGGAGUUGUCUAGUGGGUACAUAAGGCGUCAGUACCGCCUUGAGAUAGGACGGUGCCAGGUCAUGCAAGCAGCGGUAGGACAGAGUUGCAAUUUUGUACCCUAUGCGAAGGCGGACCGGCAGCCAAUGCAACUCUAUCAGAAGUGUUUUAGCAUAGUUGACCUUGUGGUUUUGAAGAACAAUGCGAGCCGCAUUAUUCUGUGCUUUUUGAAUUUUAUCCAGGAGCGUUGCUGGAAGACCCACCAUAAGAGCAUUGCAAUAGUUCAUGCGUGAUAGCAUGAAUGGAGACAUCAGCCUCUUUGAUGAAUCUAACGUUAAGAAAGGUCUGAUAUGACUAAUUCUGAGCAGCUCUAGAAAAAUCGCCAUGCAAAGCAUGUUAAUGGGAUUUUCCACUGUUAGUGUUCUGUUUAAGUAGACACCCAAGUUUCGCACUGUUUGAGCAAGCUCUAUCUGUAUACCUGAGAGAGUAAGGGUUCGUGUGUCAGUUAGUACUCAGACUCAUAUAUUUUCAUUCUUAUUCUUAGCUUUAACAAAAUAAUUUACUUUGAAAGGAAACAUUAUUCCCAUCUUAAAAAAAUGUAGUUUACACCGCAUUUAGAAGGUAUACGAUUGAGAUGCAAUGCUAUUUGCUAAAUAAUGGUCACGCAGCAACAUGACAUUUUUUUGUUCAAAUGAGUAUAACUACUAUUUCAAUUAAAAUAAAGACAUAUUAUUAUUCUUUGUAUUCCAUAAUUUAAAAUUCCACAUUCAUCUACUAUAUAAUCACUUUAAAACAAAUUACAUCUUAUCCAUCGUUUUACAUUUUCUCAGUUAAGACACUGUGUCCCAAUAGGUCAGUCCAGUUGUGACACAACGAGGACCACAGUAACAGCUAAAAGAGGUAUUGAUUUUAAUUACCUACGCGAUAUUCAAGUCCCUUAAAAAAUAUUUACAUGUAUUUAUGAAACAGUUAGUGACAACAAUUUUUUGGGGUGAAAUGUUUAGAGUUAUAACAUUAUAAAAAUGUUUAGAAUUGAAAUUUAUAUACUAUUUAGAAAUUCACAAAAAGAUAAAACCCAUUUAUAAGAGGAGAAAGUAGACUGAAGCUUAAAUAUUCGUGUGUCUAAGUCAAAUUUUGUAAAAACCAAACUCAAAAUAUAGUGCAACUGUUCUGGUGUAGAUCAACAUACGGUAUACAAAUAUCAAAUUUCCCCUUUCCAAGAUGAGACACACACACACACAGUUAGCAUCACCUAAUAUGCAGUGUAAAUUUCCUAAACGAAAUAACACAAAAUUACCCAAAGAUAUUUCCAUAUUAAAGAAACCACAAAAAGCUUGUAUAGUAAUUUUAAGAUAACGUGGAAAAAAUAAAAUAAGGUCAAAAAUUUAUUUAAAACAAACAUUGAAAAUUAAUAAAAAGAGAAAAAUUAGCAGAUAAUAUCAUUUUGAUCAGUUAAAUUCAUAAAUUAAACAUUGGAUCAAUGACAUUAGAUGAAGGGGAAACAAAUAUUUAAUUACUGUUUGUCAUUUCUGGCACUUUAUUACAAUCAGAUAUGCAUUUAUAGCAAGCUUGAGAAGCUUUUUACGUAAGAAUAUGUACGAAUAUAGGGUAGCAAACUAAUGGGCCGCGACACUAUCGGGCAGUAUUCUGACAUUAUGCCAGAAUUCGAUUAGUAACUGAAUGAAGCACUAAAUUUACUUUAUGCAUUUUAUCUACUUGUACCAAUUUAAAUUAUGACAUAAAUAUUACUUAAAGUAAAUAGGCUGGUUUCUUAUUUCCUGUAAACUCUGCAUAAACAUUUGAUAGAUGUCAACAGCUGGUUUUUUUUAAUUGCCAAUGCAAUAUGCAUAAAGAUUUGAUACAUGUCAACAGCUAUGUUCUUAUUGCCAGUUCAUGUGAUUAAGCAUUUGUUGGAUGUCAAAAGCUAGUUUCUUAUUGUUAGUACACUAUGCAUAAACAUUUGAUAGAUGUCAACGGCAAGUUUCUCAUUGCCGGUACACUAUGACUAAACAUUGGGUAGAUGUCAACAGUUAAAUUCUUAUUUUGCAUGAACAAUGCUUAAAAUUUGGUAGAUCUAAACAUUUCUAGUGUCUUUUUCUAGUGCCGUACACAAUAACAGAACAUUUGGUAGAUGUCAACAGCUAGUUUCUUGUUGCCAGAACACUAUUGCUAAAAAAUUAGUAGAUGUCAACAGCUAGUUUGAUUGCCAAAACACUAUGACUAAACUUUUGGUAGAUGACAACAAAUAGUUUCUUAUUCCCACUACGCUAUGAUAAAACCUUUUUAGAUGUCAACGGCUUGUUUCUAAUUGCAAUUACACAAUGACUAAACAUUUGGUAGACGUCAACAGCUAGUUUCCUAUUGCAAGUAAACUAUAACUAAUCAUUUGGUCGAUGUCUACUGCAAGUUUUUUUAUUGCCAGUAAAGUAUGACUAAAGAAUUUAUAGAUGUCUACAGUUAGAUUCUUAUUGCUUAUGGACAAUGCUUAAACAUUUGGUAGAUCUCAACAUCUAGUUUCGUAUUGCCCGUACACUAUAAAUGAACAUUUGGUAGAUGUAAACAGCUGGUUUCUUACUACCAGUACACUGUGCCUAAACAUUUGGUCAAUGUCAUCAACUUGUUUCUUAUUCCCACUUCGCUAUGACUAAAUAUUUGUAGAUGUCAACAGCUAGUUUUUAAUUGCCAAUGAUUAAAUUUAAAAUUUUAAAGUUUCUUAUUGCCAGUACACUAUGACUAAACAUUUUGGUAGUUGUCAACAUCUAGUUUUUUUUUUAUUACCAGUAUACUAUAAAUAAACAUUUGGUAGUUGUCAACAUCUAGUUUUUUUUAUUACCAGUAUACUAUAAAUAAACAUUUGGUAGUUGUCAACAUCUAGUUUUUUUUAUUACCAGUAAACUAUAAAUAAACAUUUGGUAGUUGUCAACAUCUAGUUUUUUUUUAUUACCAGUACACCUUGAAUAAACAUUUGGUAGUUGUCAACAUCUAGUUUUUUUUAUUACCAGUAUACUAUAAAUAAACAUUUGGUAGUUGUCAACAUCUAGUUUUUUUUAUUACCAGUAAACUAUAAAUAAACAUUUGGUAGUUGUCAACAUCUAGUUUUUUUUUAUUACCAGUACACCUUGAAUAAACAUUUGGUAGUUGUCAACAUCUAUUUUUUUAUCACCAGUACACUAUGAAUAAACAUUUGGUUGUUGUCAACAGCAGGUUUCUUACUAAUUUUUGUAACUAAUGGUUAAAGAUCUCCACAACCAGUCAAAUGUUAUAAAGAGUAACCUCAUUUUCAAAAGUUGAGAACCCCUUGAUUAAUUUAAAGAAUAAAGACAUAUCUUGGAAUAGAAGUUAUGUCCAUACUUAAAAAUGAUUUUGAUCAAAGAAAUGACAUAAAAACCUAAAGAAUAUAACAAACAUUGAAAGUCAGUUCAAUACAAGUCUAGAUGUGUCUUUUUAAAAAUAAUUAUUGUUUUAAUAUUUUUAAAUAAAUGAUCAGACUAUAUGAACUUGUAAGUAACAAACUUUUUAACUUGAUGUAUAGACUCUAUGAACUUGUAAUUAACAUUUUGUUUUACUUAAUAAAUAUUCUCCAUAAAUUUGCAACUAACAAUUUUUUUAACUUAAUGAAUAGACUCUAUCAACUUGUAACUAACAAUCUGUUUAACUUAAUGAAUAGACUCUAUACACUUGUAACUAACAAUCUUUUUAACUUAAUGAAUAGACUCUAUCACUUGUAACUAACAAGCUUUUGCACCAAUAAAACGUUUCAAUUUAAAUAAAUUUAGCUCUAUUUUUAAAAAAAAAGUUUAGUUCUAUUUAAAAAAAAAUAUUUAUAAUGAUAAAUAUUUGGAAAUGUGUUAAUAAUAGACUAAACACCAAUUAAUAUGUGGAACGUAAUUACUUGUACCUCAAAAUAGUGCAGAAAAGGAGAUAUAACGGGAAACGUGUUUUAUAAAUGAAGAAGAAAUAGAAUUAAAUAAAAUAAAAGGAAAAGUCGGUAAAGAGAUGUUUAUUAUAUUACACGUUUGUACUGAGAAAUGUCUCUUUUUAAUCAUGUUUGUACUAAUGUGUAUUUUAUAACGCGCGUGUACUAUUUGCAUUCUAUCUCAAAAUUCAUCAUCUCACAUACGCAGCACCAACUAUGCGCAGGCCUGGAUCUAAAAUUCGUAAGUGGUAUUUAACUGAAUUUCAAAUAAGUGAUUUUCUUAGGACAUACGUCGAUAAAUAAAAAAAAACUAAUAAAACCAUACAUUUCAUACAUUUUUAGUUUACUACCUUCAAAAAAAAAAAAAAAUCAUCAGACUCUUGUGUUUUUAUUGUUGAAAGUUUCUGUUCAAUGCGUCAUUAUCAUUGUAUUUAGACUGUUACAUUUCGAUAACCAAUCAUAUACUUUACUGAAUUUUACAAACCAGUCACAACUAAUUUUCAGAUGUAGCGACUUUUUCGCUGACUUCACUAAAAGAUCAAUGUGUUUAAUGAGAGCAACAUUUGAAAUGACUUUAAUCCAAUACAAUUUCCCCCACCACUUUAUGUCAAGUCUGCUUUUGUGUCAAUGAGUUCAUCUCAAUAAGUGCUGUAUUUAACAAAGUCACACAUACAUCCCACGUAUCGUGUCUUUGCAACCAAAUAUAUCAGUUAUUCACAUAUAUAAUCAAUAUCUUUUUUGUCUAAGCAGGUUUUAAAUGUUUCGCCUUCAAGGUCUUUUAACUCUUCUCUAUAUACACUUUGAUCUUGAAGGAGCCUGAAUGACAACAAAAUAAACAUGUACACAUCCAAAUUUGUUAAACAUCUUUUCUGAAUUAAUUUACUUUCAAUGUAUGAUUCUUCUAUAAACAGAGUGUGUCCCCAGCCAGGAAAAUCUGGACUUAUUCGACAGAUAUGAUUAUUCGAAAAAAACAUACUUCUUGUCCAAAGCUAUUUUCAUUUCUGACGUUGCCUCUGCUGCUAUGUGUAAACAAAUGUGUGGAUAUCUCGCUGAGGUGGACGAUGAAGGCGAAUACAAUUUUGUCGUCUCACUGACUAAGAAACACAACUACUACGGCAUACUUAUAGCCGGGACCGACAAGUACACGGAGGGCACCUGGGAGUAUGAAAGGACAAUGAAAAGGGUAAAAUACUUCAACUGGUGCCUUGAACUUGGAGAGCCUAAUAAUUCCUUUGAUCAAGACUGUAUGGCCAUCAGCAAACAUUACUCCGGCAUGUUUGACCACCAAUGUGUUCAUGCACACAAUUAUUAUAGUUUUCGUUACUUAUGUGAAGUGGAUGCAAAAAACUGAUUAAAGUUUAUACAUUGAUUUAUCAAUGUUUGGGUCGAGGUUUCCCAGCUUCAGAGAGCUAGCUUCUGCUAUUGUUUUUUCUUUCUUUUUUUUCCAUCAAAUCUUAAAUGUGUUUGAGUUCAUAACGGGACGUUCAACGUCAGACGCUACAGCAGGUUUGGUCGUGGGGACAAAAUUAUUGUAAAUAGCAUUACUCAAAUGGAAUAAUCCAUACGUUGAUGAGACUUUUUCAAAACAUUUUAAUGAAAAAAACAUUCUCAAAAAUAAGGAAAGGUUUGAUUGUAAUAAACAUAAAUAUGUUAAGUAAAAUUAUGAAACAACAUUAUAUUAUUUGUUUUUAUUCCACUUUCUAAAUAUAACUUUUAACUUAUGUCAUUAUAAAGGGG